GGAGGGAGGGAAGGGGGAGAGGCGCAGUGACGGGGAUGUCGGGGGAGAAGAGGGGCAAGGAGAAGAAGAGAGGCGGCUGAUGGAAUGGGCACGAGCUCAUGGCGCCAUGUGCGAGCUGGAUGCUCGAGACUUCCCAGAGACAGGCCGUGGCAUGGCAGCGAGGCGGGACAUGGCAGUGGGGCAGACCGCCCUCUCCAUCCCGCUGUCUCUCAUCAUCUCUCCCCACACCGCGCUCGCCUCGCCCCUGGGUCAAGCUCUGCGAUGCGGAGAGGCCAGAAAGGAGGGGAAGGAACUGGAAGCAGAGAGUGGUGUGGAUCUGGGCAGCAUCAGCGAUGAGAGCAUCGCUCUGCUGUGGACCAUACAGCAGCGCCAUGACCCCUCCUCCUUCUAUGCCCCCUUCUUCAACGCCCUGCCUGCCACCGUCACCACAGCGCUGUCAUGGCCAGUGGCAGCAGUGGGUGCAGUGCAGGGAACGCUGCUGCACACACACAUAGAGCUAGCCAGGCAGCACAUACGCGCAGAGUACCACUCUCUCUUCCCUGCCCUCUCCCGCCGCUUCCCCUCCCUCUUCCCCCGCUCGCUCUUCUCCCUCUCUGCCUUCACGGCAGCAGCAGAGCUCUGGUACGCAUAUGCCAUGCGCAUAGCGCUGCCCUCUACUGCCUUACCACACGCUGCACCAUCAGCAGCUCCGCCAUCAGCAGCACCAGCCCCAUUGGGCCUGCAGGGUGCGGGCGCUGCUGGUGGGGCAUGGCAGAUGGGAGGAGGAGGUGCGGGAGAGGUGCCGGAGAGGACCGCGCUUCCAUGCCUGGUGCCGCUGGCAUCGCUGCUUAACCACUCGCUAUACCCUCACAUCACCCACUUCAGCACGCUCCAAGCCUCUCCCCACUCCUCCACCCCCCUCGCCUCCUCCUACCCCUCCUCCUCUUUUUCUCCCUCCUCCUCCCCUCCCCUUGAACCCACCUCAUUCCGUCUGAACCUUCGGCUGGAGCGGCCAGUGCGGGCGGGGCAGCAGUGCUACCUGUCAUACGGGCCGCUGCCCUCGCACGACCUCGCACUCUUCUAUGGCUUCCUGCUGCCCUGCCGCAACCCAUAUGACUGCUUCCCCAUCGACCUUGACUUUUCUGUGGAGGAGGAAGAAGGAGAAGCAGAAGAGGAGGACGAGGAUGGAGACAAGGGCGAAGCAGUGCCGCCAGAGGAGUUGGUGGUGGAAGGGGAGGGGGAUAGGUUGGAUGAAGACAGGGUGACGUGUGGCCAAGCAAGGCAACUCGCAGCACAGGGUGCAUGCAGGGAGGAGGACAUGAGCCAUAGUAGUGAGGGCUGUGGAGGGGAAGCAGCAGCAGCAGCAGCAGCACACGGCUCUGCAGGGGGUGCCACUGCAAAGAAACCACGACGCACGGAUGCUACCAGCGGGGCUGCUGCCAGUAAUGGUGCUUCUGCCGAUACUGCCGACGCUGCCGAUGCUGAGAGAAAUGCGGGUGCUGCCAACACAGACAGAGACAGAGACACAGACACAGGAGAUGCAGCAGAGGGAGGGCAGGGGGGGGAGCGAUCAGCAGCAUCAGAUAGGGGGGAGCAGGUGGGGCUGCCGCUGCCCCAGCACCUGCUGCGGGCAUGUGACCUCAGAGUGACGGCUGAUGGCGCUGUGGCCGAGAGGGGGGAGGAGGCGAGUGCGGAGGACAUGGUUGGGAAUGAGUGUGUGAUGAGAGGGGGGGAUGGGGAGGACGGGGAGGAUGGAGAGGAUGGGGAGGAUGGGGAGGAUGGGGAGUGUGCGGGGGCAGGGGAGUCUGGGAGUGAGGAUGUGUGGGGAGCGCUGCCUUGGCGGCUGUGUGUGGGGCUGUGUGGUGCUGUGGGGGGUAGCAGAGAAGAGAGGAGAGUGUGGAGGUCUGAUGCUCUCCUGCCACCCCGUGCACAUAUCCCCCAUGCAGUGCGUGCUGCUGCUCUCUCCACGCUGCUAGACCUGGUGGCCACCCUGCUGGCACAGGAGCAAGGGCAGGGAGAGGGGCAGGAAGACGACCACAGGGAGGGGGAAGGGCAAGGGGGGGAGCAAGAGACAUGGGAGGAGUGCACGAGUGGGGAGGUGGGGGCAUGUGUGGCUGUGGCUCAGCGGUACCGAGCGGAGCAAGAGCAGCUGCUAUACUCGGUCAGAAAUGAGUGUGUCAGGUUGCUCUCGCUGCUGUGACUCUACACAAGUCCCACCCUUGCGAGGCCUCAUUGGAAGGGUGUUAUGAAUGGAACUGCCGAGUAGCGCGGAGGGCAAUGGCGAAAUUGUGAACGAGUGAAGGACAAUAAAAUGAAACACAAUUCAAUAUAUAGGAAACCUAGGGUAAUCCUGAGGAUCAGAAGGUUCUGGAAAAGUAUCGAAGGGCCUCGAUGUGUCGAAGCGAGGUCCGGAAAGGCCCAGGAGGCUCGAACUGAAAGGUCUGGAACCCUAUCGCUGGUUCGGGACUGUUCGAGUUGUACGCCCUGUAGCAAGCCUCAAUAAGGAAUUACUAAUUGAUUGGUGUGCCUUUCGAAGGGUAUUGUUGUCACACAUUUGUAUAUGAUGCCGUAGACUAGAUAGGGGCAUGCCUUAGAGAGUACAACAUAUUACCGUCAAAACUAUUGUGUACC